CAAACACACUUUCAUUUAAUGCUUAGGGAUUUUAGAUUCAUAAAAGAAAACAACCCUUUUCAUGUUCAUCAGUAAGCGUCGCUGAGCAAACAGAAAUAUCUUCAAAUUAGUAAAAAAGAAACCAACUUUGAAGUGGAAAUCCAGGGUUUUUAUACUAACCCUUCCCACAGUUCAGCGCGCAUCCAAGGAGUUGUGCAUGUGCCUGCAUAUUGCCAUUGUUCUUGUACGCCCUUUAAAGUCCUCUGCAAGCCCACAACCACCCUAUUUCUCUUCGUUUCUCACAUCAUUUCCCAUUUUGGGGCAAUUUAAACUCCAUUUUUCUUAAAGCUUUUUGUUUGUUUUUCUUUGAACCAUGCUCUCAUUUUCCGUCUCCUACUGUUUUUGCUCUAACUUCAUUCUUUCACUCAGCUGAGCAUCCCUGCUUGUCUCUCCACCUCUUGCAUUCACGUGAAAUUCAGACAUUCGUUUGUCGUAUUGUGCACUUCAGUUGUCCGUAUUUGGAUUCACUAAGAGGGGUUUCCAAUCAAACCGACGGUUGCUUGAGGAGGAUAAUUUGGUGGCUUUAUUUAUUUAUGCUGGAGGGAGGGGGGAAGGGGGGUGAGCUUCUGCGGAUUAUGCUGAUUACUUUUGAUGCCUCUGAAUGUAACCUAGAUUUUGUUUGUUAAUGAUGAUUUGAAAACAUUGAAACGAGUUGGGUAUGUUGGGUUCGAAACGUUUAAAAGAAAGAAGAUGCUGAUUUGCCUGAUUGUUCAGGUGGGUUUGUUUUGAAAGCUCUCAUAAGCUCUGAUCUUGCUGUAGAAUGGAGUCGUGGAACUAUGGUUCUCAAGGGAAGGGAUUUUUGUCUGAUGAGAUGAAUUCAUCUACUAAUUCACUUCUGAAAAGCAAAUAUUCUUUGUUGGGUUGGGAAUUCAAGAACCCAUGUAGUUUUGGGGACAAUAUACUUCUUUCAGGUGGUGCUCAGCAUGUGGAGAACCAGAGCUUUGGGGAACUAGAAUUUCCCUUAAUGGUUGGGAAACAAUUACCUGAUGAUUCUUUCAGUGAUGUCCUGAAUACCAAAAUUGAUGGAGGGAGAAGCUUGAAUCUUGUUUUGCCCACCUCUCAUCCACUUCCUGGAGAAGAGGAGUCCACUUCAAAGCUUUCUGGUUCUAUUGUUGACUCCAACAAUCGAGAUUCGUCUCUUAUUGAUUUGAAGUUAGGCAGAUUUAUUGAUACAGGGGAUGCUCACAGUUUCAAGUACUCCAAGAGAGCUGCAAUUUCAUCUUCCACUGAGUCAUCAACUUCUUAUAAGAAAAUGAGAUCUCAAGGGGUGAAUUUCCUGACUCCGUUUUGCCAAGUUUAUGGGUGUAACAAGGAUCUCAGCUCCUCUAAAGACUACCACAAGAGGCAUAAGGUUUGUGAGGUUCAUUCAAAGACUUCCAAAGUUAUUGUGAAUGGCAUAGAGCAGAGGUUUUGUCAGCAAUGUAGCAGGUUUCAUUUGCUUUCUGAAUUUGAUGAUGGUAAACGCAGCUGUCGUAAACGACUUGCAGGCCACAAUGAACGUAGAAGAAAGCCUCAAGUCAGUUUUCACUCAGGAAGGGCACAGAGGUUGCUUCAGCCAUAUAAUGGUAAUGGAGACAGAAGAUUUCAGGAGAAAGCAUUGGGUGCAACUUCAUUUAUCUGCAAAGAUAUACUGUCUAGUGGUGUUUAUUAUCCAGAGAAGCUUGGAAAAAAUGAUUGGUGUAAGCGUAUAAAAGUGGAGGGCAAGAAUGAUUAUAAUUCUAUGUGUGCAACUUCAGUGGGGGACAGGCUUCUGAAUAUGAAAUCUCCCUUGCUUCCCUAUGAUUUUGAAGUACAGAUACCUUGUUUUCAAGGAAAUGGAAGUAAUGCAGCAGUUACAGAAAACAUGUUAUGCGACACAAGUUGCCAAUAUUCUCAUAACGUGGGAGGCCUCCAUAUGGACACACACCCAUUGUUCCACCACACUAACCUAUCAAGCGAAAACUUUGGAGUUUAUGAUGCAGCAUCAACCAUCCAAGGAGUUUCUGGAAAUCCGGAUUAUGGGUGUGCUCUCUCUCUUCUGUCAUCACAUUCACAAAAUGCAUCGACUCAUCCAUCCAUAGUUCACGUGCCUCGUGCUUUCACCAUGUCCAAGAGUAGAUCGAAUUACAGCAUGAGUGAACUCUCUGAAAAGCUCAUGGGAGUGAGCUCACAGGCUUCUUCAACUGGGAUUUCAAGUAAGUUUGCCUCCGGGAUGAGUGAAGCUCAAAUGGUUCCCAUAAUGACCGGUGAAAGCAGUGAUCAUAGUGUCACCUUUCAGAUCACUGAUGGGGUUCUUCAUGGAUCAGGUUUGGGUAAUGCCAAGGCUAAUCUUUCCUAUGAACACACUCCAACUAUGGACUUGCUACAACUUUCAUCACAGCUCCAUCGAGUGGAACAUCAAAGGCACUCCAUGCAGGACUCUGUGUAGGAGACUUCAUGAAGGCUGUGGAGGAGUUGAACCCAUCAAUCCUAUGUCAAUGGUACAUUUUGUUAGUCGAGGAGAGAACAGACUGUUGUAUAAUCUUCCUGUCUCGUACCUCUAACCCUGUUUUCUUUCCUAGUUCGAUUGUUUCUAUAAUACUAAUGCUUUCAUCUUGGGACUAACUACUCGAAUCCCAAAAAAAUCGUCGUAAAAUUAGUUCGUAGAUGAUUGAGAUGCUACAUUUGUGCUA